AUGGCAUGUUCUUCAAACUCUUCUACUACUUCUACAACCAUUCCCUCCCCUUUCUCUAAUAAUUUAUUAUUACCCUCUUCGUCUUCUACUUCUUUACCUUCAAAUCCUUCCCCAAUAAAUAAAAGAAAACAUUCUUCAUUACAACAACAAAAUAAACAAUUCCCCCCAAUUCUUUAUCAAAUGCCUCAAGGUGUUGUUUAUGCAGCAGACGAUGAAGAAGAAGAAAAAGAAGAGGUGGAGGAGGAGGAGGAAGGAGAGGAAGAAGAAAAUAAAAAUAAUAUAAUUAAAUAUAGCAACAAUUUAAUUCAAACAAGUUGUAUGGCAGCAGUAUGUUCAGGUGUAUCAACAUCCUCCUCCACUCCAAUUAAUUGUGGAAAUGAUAAUUUAUUUAAAGAAGAAACAACAACAAAUAAUUCUUCAACAGGAAAUGCUUUACAAAAUUUACUUACUGCUGGAAUUUUGCCUUUGGCUAAUUUAACUGCUCAACAAAUUUUAGCAAAUGCUUUGAAAGGAGGAGGAGGAACAACAGGAGGGGGAAGUGGGGCAGGAGGAGGAGAAUCUACAAGUUCAUGCAAUAAUGAUUAA